UCACAAUCCAAUUCCCAUCGCCAUGUCCGUCGAGUCGGCUGUAUCCGCGGCGAUCGCCAUUUUCGUCGUCGGAGGCACACUAUUCGAUGUGGAGCUGACUCAAGUGAGCAAGCGGCUGCAUCCACGAGCCUUCCGAUGGCGACGCAUGGCGAAUUGGUUGCCUCUAGGCAUAGCGUAUGCAGCAUUCUACAUGGCUCGCUACAACAUUGCCGCGGGUAACAUCGAAAGCGUGCGCCAAGAGCUCAACAUGACGGCCACCGACAUGGGCUGGAUUAUCUCAUCGGGAUCUUGGGCGUAUGCGUUGACCGCGCCAUUAACAGGCCAAUGGACCGACCGAAUGGGGGGACACACUGGCAUGCUCGUGGCCUGUGUGGGUGCUGGCGUGUGUAAUUUGAUCUUGGGUUGCCUCUUCGCGACCAAAUCGUCGUCGCAGCUUCCGUUCAUGCUGCUCUUUGCCUCAAACGUGGCAUUGCAAGGCUUUGGCACGAGUGCCGUGGUGAAAAUCAACGCCAUGUGGUACGCGCCCAGCGAGCGCGGUAUCUUUUCUGGGGUGUUCAACAUCUUUGUGGCCAGCGGGUACUACCUUGCCCUUGGCUCGGGUCAUUCGAUCAUUACGUCGUUCGGGUGGUCGUAUCUGUUUUUUAUUCCGGCGGUGCUGCUGCUCGUGAUAAGUGUCGUCGUGUUCACGUGCGUCGCAAACGUCCCGCCCCCUACGAAUGCCCUCUCGUCAUCGCGCUUAAAGGCGCCGGUCCUACCGCCAAACCGACGCCGUCCGUCCAUCUGGGCCUUGCUUCAAAACCGCACGUUGUUGGGGUACCUCGCCGCGGUAUUCUGCCUCAGCUGGGCCCGCGACGGUCUGCUCAACUGGAUGUACUCGUUCUUCGACAGUGUCCGCCCUGUACCCCUCACCGCAGACGACCACGCGAUCCUUGGGGGUGCAUGGACGCUGGGGGGGUUUGUGGGGGGGCUUCUUUGUGGCUACAUCAGCGACACCAUGUUUGAAUCCAAGCGGAUGCCGCCCAUCGUGCUCUUCUCCACGUUUCAAGCUGGGGCCUUCCUCUUGCUGUACGCGCUGGCUCCGUCCAUCUCGACGCCGUUUCUCGGGGUGUUGGUGUUUCUCGUCAGCGUAUUCCUCCUUGGCAACUACACCCUGCUCAGUUACACCGUGCCCGCCGACUUGCCCGAGGACAUUUCUGCCAGCGCCGUCGGUCUCUUCACGGCCGUGGGGUAUAUUUCCACCGGACUGGCGGGAAUCGUCAUGGGUAGCUGCAUCCAACGGUGGGGCUACGCAUUUUGGGUCACGUCGCUCACCGCCACGUCGCUGGCCACGGCACUUUGCACCAUGCUGGGCUCGUACUUUUCUGAACUUGACGAUGCCCAGGACGAAGCGGUGGUGCCGCUGCAACUCCCCCGCCAACGACGCAAGUCCCGAGCGUCCAUUGUGGGCUCGGACGUCAUGGUCAUCGCGCCCGACGAAGACCUUUUAACGAAUCAACCACGACGCGCAGUCGUGUAAGUAGGUAUUUAUACAUACCGGUACCGGUACUAGAGUUCGGAAGUAAUUGAACGACAAUUCUAUCCAGAAUUACGGAUUGUGGUGCUGCGACGACUGACUGACUACGUUGGAAUAGUUAAGACAUAGGUCGAUCACGGCGGCUAUGAAUAAAUGAACCGACGACGCCCCCCAAACACUGUACCUACCCCGG